AGCCUGCAAGCCAGCACCAAAAGCGACGGCGCGGCCGUGCCAAUCGCCAUACGUACCGUGUUACCAACGCAUAGUAGCUCAUCGAUCGAGCACGCGGCGCUGCUUCGCUCCGAGCGCUCAAGACACUGCUAAAAGCUAGCACUGCACACUGCACUGCUGAGGCAAGCGAUAAAAGACUACAGCUCGACGUCGUCAAAAAAUGGCCAAAUCCAAGCGCUCCAAGACCCAGCGCCACAAAGCGAAACAAAACUGGAAGACGCCGAAGCGCAUGAACGCGUGCGGCCCCGAAACCGUGGACAGGGAGGAGAUCGAAGAAAUACAAAAUGAAGCGCCGAAGACGCGCUACGGCCACGUUCUAUUAACAAGGGACACGCUCGAGAGCCGCGCGAAGCGCUUGGAUCGCAUGCAGCGCGUGCGGUGCGAGCGCGCCGUGCAACGAGGCAGGGACCGGCUCCGGAAUUACAUCCCGCCGCCGCCGGAGCGGACGGAGGAAGAAAAGGCCGCAUAUCGUAGGUCGGACCCGUCGACCUGGAAGCUGCGCGGGGCGGCGCGGCCCUGGGAGGAAGUAGAAGCCGCGAAAACGCGGGACCACCACGACGUCGGCUUCGACGCCCUUGAGCGCUAUGGCGGCGAGUUAGCUUCGCAAGUGGAGGAGGGCGCGAAGUGGGUGCAAUCAUUAGUUGAUUUGGCGCGAGAUGAGUUAGAAAGAGGCAGGGGGCGCGCGGCUCUGGAUCUGUGCUGCGAGGCCUUGACGUACGACUCGCGCGACUUGUCGGGGGCGGCCUUCUGCGCCGUUGAAGUGGGAGAGGACGUCGUACAACGAUUGGCGCCGUUUCGUCGCGGCGUGCCGGCGUGGGCGCGCGCGGUUGCUGCCGUUCUUUCCAAAAGUGACGAUGCGGACGCGGUCGUGGCUCGAGCGUGCGCGGCGAACGCGGCCGCGGCUCACUGCGCCGCGCACUGGCGCGCCUUCGACGCUGCUAUCGAAAACGAGGACGCGCUCCAGGGCCUCGACGAUAUGUGUGCGGGCAGCGCGCUCGAGGCUUUGGUAGUACACUGCCAGCUGCGGUUCCUGCUGGAGGACCGGCCCGGGGAUCGGGACGCGGUCGCGGCGGCCGUGCGACGGGCGGGCGUGCCGCCGCUGCCUUCUCCUGACAUCCUCGAGGCUUCAGCUGGUUUCGCCGAGGCGGGCAUGUUCCUGGGUAUGUUCCGGACGGCGUGCGAGAUGGCGGAGGAAGCCAUUGCCGGGCCGGCGGCAGAGCCUCCUUCGGAACCGACCCCAGCGCCUACUGCGGAGCAAGGAGUGUAAUGUGGUUGUCUUAUA